GCGGUGGUGGAGAAUUUCCGCUCCCCCAAGGCCCUGGUGGCAGCUGUCACCUGUAAAGCGAGCACCGAACGCGGGGGAUGGAGCCCGGCGCCCAUUGGAUAAAGUAUAAAGGCAGAAACCUACCCCGAAGACUGGGGGCCGGCGGGGCGGCGGUGGUGGGAGCGCGCCGCGGGCCCCGUGCCUUUCCUCCCCGCACACCCCGGCCCCGGAGACUCCCAGGCUCUGCGGCGCUGACUUGACCGCAGUCCAGCUUCGGCCACACGCCCGCCCAGCCUCCGUGGAAACGACCAGGUGAGCCUGGCCGAGGCGGACGUGACUCCCGGAACGCCGGCUCCGGCGCGUACUAGCGGGCGCCCGGCGGUCCACCUGCAGCAGCAGCCCCGGGCGGAGGCCGGUGGGAGGGGCGGCAAGGGGCAGACACUGGCCAUGGCCCUGGCCGCGGCAGCGGCCGCGGCGGCCGUGGGGGUGAGCCAGGCGGCGGUGCUGGGCUUCCUGCACGAGCACGGCGGGAAGGUGCGCGACUCCGAGCUGCUGAGCCGCUUCAAGCCGCUGCUGGACGCUGGCGACCCGCGCAGCCGCGCAGCCCGCAGGGACCGCUUCAAGCAGUUCGUCAACGACGUGGCCGUGGUGAAGGAGUUCGACGGCGUCAAGUUCGUGGUGCUGAGGAAGAAGCCGCGGCCCCGAGAGGGCCCAGAGCUCCUGCCCUCCCGCGUCCCCAGCACCGCCGAGCCACUGGCCCCGCCAUCCAAGACCACGUCCCUCUCUCAUGUGGAAACCGCUGCCUCCGGGGCUCCAUCCUUGGCCUCGGCGCAACUGUGUGUGGAUGCACCUGGGGACCUGGACCCUCCCUCGGAGCCACAGGUCACUGCUGGGGCGCCGGCCUCUGAGCUCACUCAGCCGACUGCGGAGCCGUUGUUAAGCCCCCCUACCCAGCAGUCAGGGGGGCCGUCCGACCCGGGGCUUCCAGCCUUGGAGCUAGCCCACCCCUCCGAGGACCUCUCUGCAGACGUGGCCGCACCGUCUAGGGCACCGUCGGAGGCGGCCUUACUCCACGCACAGCCGCCUGACCCGGAAUCGGGGCCUGGGGCGACAACAGGGCCGCCGCCACCCCCGCGACGCGCGCCUCCGCAGAAGCCCUGCAUGCUGCCCGUGCGCUGCGUCCCGGGCCCCACGACGCUCCGAAUCCGAGCCGAAGAGCAGGGCCUGCGCCGGCAGCUGUCGGAAGAGCCGAGCCCGCGGAGCUCCCCGCCCCUACUGCGGCGGCUCUCGGUGGAGGAGUCCGGCCUGGGCCUCGGCUUGGGCCCCGGCCUGGGCCCGGGCCGCUCCCCGCACCUGCGGCGCCUGUCGCGGGCCGGCCCGCGCCUGCUGAGCCCCGACACCGAGGAGCAGCCGGUCGCGCCUCCGCCGUCCACCGUGCCCCUGGAGCCGGCCGAGCACGAGUGGCUAGUGCGGGCGGCCAGUGGCCGCUGGACCCACCAGCUGCACGGGCUGCUGCUGCGCGACGGUGGUCUGGCCGCCAAGCGCGACUUCAUGUCUGGUUUCACCGCCCUGCACUGGGCCGCCAAGAGCGGCGACCGCGAGAUGGCUCUGCAGCUGGUGGAGGUGGCGCGGCGCGGGGGCGCGCCGGUCAACCUGAACGCGCGCUCGCACGGCGGCUACACGCCGCUGCACCUGGCGGCUCUGCACGGCCACGAGGACGCCGCGGUGCUGCUGGUGGGCCUGGGUGCGCAGGUGCACGUGCGCGACCACAGCGGGCGGCGGGCCUACCAGUACCUGCCACCGGGAGCCACCUACGCGCUGCGCCGUCUCCUGGGCGACCCCGGCCUGCCCGGCUCCGCGGAGCCCACUGCGGUCGGCGGUGGCGGUGGCAGUCUAGCGGCCCGGCGCCCGGUGCAGGUGGCCGCCACCAUCCUAAGUUCCACCACGAGCGCGUUUCUGGGCGUCCUGGCUGACGACCUGAUGCUCCAGGACCUGGCUCGAGGCCUGAGGAAGUCGGGCUCGGGCUCCUUCACCAAGUUCUUGGGGGCCUCGCCCCUACCUCCUCGUAAAAAGACGAAGAGCCGCGGUGGCGUGCCGGCCUUUUCGGAAAUCUCUCGUCGAUCCACUCCCGGGCCCUUCGCUGGUCUAAUGCCCAGCCUGCCCCCCGCCACCUGAUAGUGGCUGAGGCUCCGGCUCGGUUGAUCUAGCUGGGCCUGCCCCUCCCAAGUCCAAGCUUGCCCGCGGCGGCGGCCCAGCACUUUCCCUCCAUCCGGUUUCCAGCCUUGUCCACUGCAGUCUGUUUCACCCAGGGGAGCCCAGGCCUCCAGCCUCUGCUGAAGCUUCACCUGUCUCUGGAGCUUCGAGAUCUCAGUGAGCGUCCUUUGAAGAGCGCCAGAAGUCAGGCUUGAACUCUGGGAGAGACUUGAAAUUCAGGAUUGAAGGUUAAGGGGUGGCAGCUGGUCUGGCCCCUGAGUGAGCUAACCCAGUGCCUCUGCUUCGGUACGUUCCCAGACCAGGGCCAGUCCCAAGGGCCUCGUUCGGUGUUGUGUGAGGUCGGGUGGUGGGCCAGCUCGAAGAUACCAGUGGUUUUGUAACUUGAUGCUUUUAUCCUGUUUUUAAAUUGAAAUGAGGCAAAGCAACUUUUAUAAUAACCUUGUGAAAUUAUAUUUUUCCAUAUUUUAGGCAAAAUGCUCAGACAUUUUUGGUCUUUGGUAAAGGUUUUGGAAUUCUAUUAAAAAAAACUAAUGAUCAGUAUUUCAAAGAAAUUGCCCAAGCUGGUGUGGUUCAGUGGGCUGAGCGCUGUCCUGCCAAGCAAAAGGUCACCAUCAGGGCAUGUGCCUGGGUUGUGGCUCAGAUCCCAGCUGGGGGCUUGCAAGAAGCAACCAAUUGAUGUUUCUCUCCCUCUCUACCUCCCUCCCCUCCCCUAUCUCAAUAGAUAGAUAGAUAGAUAGAUAGAUAAAAUCUCUUUUAAAAAAUCUAAAAGAAAUUAGCCCCAACCAACAAAACCCUUAAACAUUUAUCUACCUCGUUUUAGACAAUGAAGGUCCCAGAGAAUCCUGGACACAGAACACGACCAUUGUAAAUGGAAUUACGUUUACUGGUACUGUGAAUGCUAAAUAUAGGAAACAAGUGCAUCUUGGGAGAAAAGACGAUUUAACAAAAGAAAAGAGACAUUUGGACAGAUACUUUUAAUUAGUGGUUUUCUUUAUGGUGGAAUAUAAACACAUGUCUUUGGCACUGGUGGGUGGCAUUUUGAUUUAGCAUGAAUAUCUCCUUAAGUGUGUUUUGUGUGAAUUGCACUGUCAUACCUCGUUUCUGAAUUUGUGUCUUUUUCAAAUCUGGCUGAGCCUUUCAAUAAAGUAUGUAAAUAUUCCAAGUUGGGCCACCACUAAAAAAAAAAAGUUAUAGCAUCACACCCGAAAAAUAACUAGUAAAAUAGUACUGGAUACAAUGAAAGAACAGCUAUUAUAUAUGAAAGUUCUGUACAAAUAGUGUGUGAUAUCCAUUUUAAAAACUCAUCUGAAAGCCAGCACUUUAUUCCAAAAUAGUAGAUUCAGAAUCUCUUUGCUCAGUGACCUUAGAGGGUUGAUUUAAUGUCUCGGGACCUUUGCUUCUCUGUAAUUGAGAAGGUUCGUAGGUAUCACCAACAUUUCCCAGGUUCAAGGCAGUGUGAUUAUAAUGGCUCUUUCUCUGUUUUAAAGAUGUGGAAUCUAUUUGCUCAGCCUUUUUUUACAUCAUACGGUGGUGAUGCCCACUUUUGCACAUGGUGUUUGCAUGUCAUUAGUUAUAUCAAACGGCUUCUACAGCACGGGGUAGCGUGGCGCCCCGCCACAGACAGGUACUUGUAUCAGCGAGGCCUCUGAAAUUAUUUCAGGUAUGAAUAAACUGUUUUGAUUUAAGCAAUGAAAUAAACAGCCUCCCAUUUUGUUUC